AUGGAAGGGACAUAUCAAGACAAAUAUUCUUUUAUUGGAGAAUGGUAUGAUAAUCAGGCUAGCCUAAUUCGCCGGUUCAAUGUUUUUUACUAUCCAGUUGAUGAUACUAUUGAAAUGUAUGAUUUGAAAAAUCGAAAAACUUUUGUUAGGCGAGUAAAAGUUAAUGGGAUUACCUUAGAUAAUUUUUAUAUUGGUUGUACACUGUAUAUAUUAGGACGAUUGAUUAAAAUAGUUGAUUUUGCUUGUGAGAAUACUAGAAAAUUAUUACAUAAAGAUGUGCAAGUUACAUUUGUGAUGAUUAAGCCUUUACCCACAAGCAUUGUGGGCAAGAUUGUAAAUCACUUCUUUGAAAAUGGUUUACGUGUAACAAAGAUGAAAAAGUCUCGAUUAACUGCAGAAGAUAUUAAUAUGCUAUACAGAUCCUCUAUAGCAGAUCCUGAAUUUCCUUUCUUAUUAGAACACCUUAAUGGUCAGCUUGUGUUUGGUAUGGAGUUGGUUGGAAAAGAUGCUGUGUCACACUGUCUUAAAAUUAUUGGAGAUCCAGACCCAGUGAAAGCUGAAUCAGGUACAAUAAGAGCUUUAUAUGGAACUGACUCAGUCAGAAAUUGUGUUCAUACAUCCUCCAAUCCUGAAGCUGCAUUGCAGGACAUUGAAUAUUUUUUUCCACCGCCGCCAUUACGUGCCAUGCGCCUUCGUCUGACAGCAACUCUAUCGAACUGUACACUAUGUAUUGUAAAACCGCAUGCAAUUCGCGAAGGGAAAUUAGGAGCUGCAUUGGAAGCUAUUGACGAAGGAGGGUUUGAGGUUACAGCUUUGAACAUGUUCAUUGUGGAAAAUGACAAUGCUGCUGAGUUUUAUGAAGUAUAUAAAGGCAUUGUUCAGGAGUAUAAGGGAAUGGUUGAAGAGUUAUCAAGCGGUCCAUGUGUUGCUAUGGAGAUAGUAGCUAAAGACAAAAAUGUGCAUACUGCUGUAGAAUUUAGGAAACUUGUCGGUCCUUCGGAUCCUGAAAUUGCAAGAUUAUUGCGUCCUCAUACGUUACGAGCGAAACUAGGAAAAACAAAAGUACAGAAUGCAAUACAUUGCAGUGAUUUAGAUGUCGAUGGCUUGCUGGAAGUAGAAUAUUUUUUCAAAAUAUUGGAUCUUUAA